AUGUCAACGCACAGAACUGUCAAAUAGUAGUGAUUUUCGUUUUUGCAUUUAUCACGUAAACAUAAAUUCUAUUAAAAAUGCCUGCCGGACCCUCAACGAUGGACGGGCUACGUGAAAAAGCCUUUCAGGAUUACAGAAAGAAGCUGAUGGAACACAAAGAAGUCGAAUCUAGGCUGAAAGAAAUGAGAGACAAACUAAAAGACAUUACCAAACAGUAUGACAAGAGUGAGAAUGACCUGAAAGCUCUGCAGAGUGUCGGUCAGAUCGUCGGAGAGGUGCUCAAGCAGCUGACUGAGGAGAAAUUCAUUGUGAAAGCAACAAAUGGUCCUCGCUACGUGGUUGGGUGUCGCAGACAGCUGGACAAGCAGAAGCUGAAGGGAGGCACCAGGGUCGCACUCGACAUGACCACACUCACCAUCAUGAGGCAUUUACCUAGAGAGGUUGAUCCCCUAGUAUACAACAUGAGCCACGAAGACCCUGGUGAUGUCACAUACUCCGCCAUCGGAGGUCUGCAGGAACAGAUCCGACAGCUCAGAGAGGUUAUUGAGCUACCCCUGAUGAACCCAGAGCUAUUCGUACGUGUGGGCAUCACUCCUCCCAAGGGUUGUCUGCUAUACGGACCUCCUGGUACCGGAAAGACUCUGCUCGCCAGGGCUGUGGCCUCACAACUUGAUGCUAACUUCUUGAAGGUGGUAUCCUCAGCCAUCGUAGACAAGUACAUCGGCGAGUCGGCGCGUCUCAUCCGAGAGAUGUUCAACUACGCGCGCGACCACCAGCCCUGCAUCAUAUUCAUGGACGAGAUCGAUGCUAUUGGUGGCCGUCGUUUCUCCGAAGGUACAAGUGCUGACCGUGAGAUCCAGCGUACGUUGAUGGAGUUGCUGAACCAAAUGGACGGGUUCGAUUCCCUGGGACAGGUGAAGAUCAUCAUGGCCACCAACCGACCUGACACCCUGGACCCUGCUCUCCUCAGACCUGGUAGACUGGACAGGAAGAUUGAGAUUCCAUUGCCUAAUGAGCAGGCUAGACUAGAAAUCCUGAAGAUCCACGCGGCGCCCAUAGCUAAACACGGCGAGAUGGACUACGAGGCGGUGGUGAAGCUGUCGGACACGUUCAACGGCGCCGACCUCCGGAACGUCUGCACCGAGGCCGGGCUCUUCGCCAUACGGGCCGAGAGGGAGUAUAUUAUACAGGAGGACCUAAUGAAAGCAGUCCGCAAGGUGGCCGACAACAAGAAGUUGGAGAGCAAGCUGGACUACAAGCCUGUUUAAUUAUUUACCCAUUAUUAUAUUAUUGUGUAUCUCCGUUUUACUUACUAAUAUAGUUAUAUUGCCUUCGUA